GUGUUAGGGUGGUGUUCUGUGAAUUGGUUAAUCAGUUAAUAUGUGUUGGAGCUGUAGAUGUUAUUUGAGGCUGUUAUGCUGUUCUAACUUCCAAGUGUGCGUUAUUCUGUUUAGAUUUUUAGUUAGACAGCUAUGGGUGAUAGAAAAGAUCAGACCUUGCGGCUAGUAGUAGUAGCAGCUAUUCCAUGCGCUGUUUGGCUGGCCUUUUGCGACUGCUCCAUGGUGUGGACACUUGGUUAAACUUAUAUUGAGGUUUCUCAUGAUCCUUUUCUCUUGAGGUGUUUUGUGAUGGUAGACCUUGUCGUUAGUUGCCAAGAACCCGGAUCGCUCGGGUCGAGGAACGGGGUCGCGGGUCGGGGGUCGCUACCUCUGGGACAAACUGAAGAAGAACUACCUUGGUGUAUCGACCCGUGCGACCCCGAUCUCGAAUUGGGUCGACCGACCCCGGGUCGCGGGACGCGGCACCAACCCGCGUUCCAGGCUUCUAUGCGUUUGCCCUGCUUGGAAUCACCAGCACUCGGUGUUUAACUCAAGUUUUUCUAUCAUGCUUGCGAGGUACUGACGCCGGUACCUCUUCAUACCGAAGAAAGUACUCCGUCCGUCCUGAAAUAAGUGACGUGGAUUUGCAUAAGAAUCUAUACAAAUCCACGUCACUUAUUUGGGACGGAGGGAGUACAUGUAUUGUUCUCACUAUGCCACUGUCUACCUAGUCACUACACCUCUGCAAUCAACAUGACCGCCGGCAAUCCGGCAUCCCUCUCCUCCCUCGUCUUCUCCCUACCUCCAUCCAAUCUCGGCGCACAUAGCCUCGGUCACGGCAGACUCUCCAAUCCCCUCUCUCUCACAGUGGGCUUCAACAAAAGUCAGAACUCUCAUUUCUACAUCAUUGUCUUAUUCCACACAUUAACCGUGCUCCACAAACCCCUAGUCUCAGGAUCGAUUUUGAUCCAUCCGGUUUUCGUUGAUACUGGCCUGGCCUUUGAUCUCCAUGGAUGAGACUUGAUCCAAAUUGUCUCCUCAGUAAUUUCUCCAAUUUCAUCAGUGAGUUACUCAAAUAAUGUAGUUUUCUUAAUGGGAAUCAAAUAAAUUACUUCAGAAAGCAACAGGCGAGACUUGAUCAUUCCAAAUGCUAGUUGCAUCUUGCAAACAGAAAGAAGGGGCGCUGCUUAUGCACAUGCAGAGGCUGCAGGUACAGCGGUGCGUGAGCCGUUGUACCUAUUCGGACACGGAGAACGGCAACCGUGCAAGGCAACUCGUUGGUACCUCUGAUCGCUCAAUCGAAAUGGGAAGAUACCAAGCGUUUCCCACCGCCGGAUGUGAAUAUUGUGGAAGAUUGGAGUGCUUUCCAUGCACGGUCCCUGAAGUAAUCCCCUCCUCAAAUGAGAAUGGCUUGAACAAUGGCUUGAACAUAGAACUUGGGUCAUCUACUUCAAGUAACCUGACCUUUCCUCCAGCUGCAAUAGUUAAACAGUUGAUUGCAGGCAUUGAAAAUGGAAAAAAAUUCAAGUCAAUGAAUGAUAUGAAGUUUAAUGGUGACCAAUAUCUGAAAGAGAAGGGGAGCUUGAGCUUGUCUGUUGUUAAGUCACUUGUUCGCCGUGAAAAAGAGGACAGAUCUAGUUCAGAAUUUUUUGGCGACAACGAAACAAAAUCUUUGAUGUACUUGUUGUUCAGAUUAGAAGAAGAGUUUCCUGAUAAUGAUAGUCGAUGUAGCCCAGAAUUACUUCAUUCAGCAUCUUUGUCCAGGGAUAUCCAUGGUGCACCACCUGGAAGUUUUGUUCAUCAGUUAGGAGAGAUUAUUGGCAGCAUUAGUUCCGUGCACAAGAUGGCAUUCUUUUGGCAAUCCGUGGUUGCUGAGUUGAAGAAACUGUGGUCUGAUGGGCAACCGGUGCCACGAAUGUCACUGAAUGCUGCUCCAGACUUGAACUGUUGUUUACUAUAUCAGGAAAUACAAGUUAUAAAUUGCUGCAUUGCUAGGAAAAAGCGAAGAAAAGCAGCUAAGGAGUCACUUGAUUCCUUGAGAAAACGGGAAUGUAUUAAUAACUCAGAUCCUAUGUGUUCAAAUGGAGAGUCCUGUGACAAUGGGAUGUAUGCAAGCAAUAGCAGUGGUGAUUUUGUUCUUCGGCUUGGUGCUGACUGUGCAUCUGAGAACUUAACAUUGUUAGAAACUGGUGAGCCUGUAUAUUCUCCGACUCUGCAGGAAGGCCCCAUUAUGACAGCAGAGCUUAUAAAAGAAACAGAGGAACUUGUCUUACGGACAGGAAGUGUUGGUGCUGGCUGUUCUCAGCUUUUAUCAGAUAUGCAGGCUUUCAAGGCAGCAAACCCUGGAUGUGUCUUGGAAGAUUUCAUUAGAUGGCACUCUCCACCUGAUUGGUCUGAAGACUCUGCAGCAAGCAAUACAACAGUAGAGGAAGGCUCAUCUAGACGUGGUCGGCUAAGUGAUAGAAUGCGAACAAAAGAAGGAAAUUUGUGGAAGGAAUUGUGGGAUGCAGCAAAACCUAUACCUGCUGUUGAACAAACUCCUAUAUAUGAUGAAGAUUUAGCUGUGGAAAGCAUAUUUGAUGCCCUGGAAGUCAUUGAACCAGCAAAACUGUUUCAGCAGCUACUCUCAGUCAUUCUUUCUGUAUGCUUCCUAGCAGCAGAAUCAGUGCUACCAGCAGACAGCAACUUAUCAAAAUUAUUCUUCGACUGUAAAGACUAUAUUAUUAGCAUUUACGGAGAUGACAUGUCAAAAGAAAAGCUAGAUGAGAUGUACAAGGUUUAUGAGACGAUGGAAGCCAUUGUAAGCCACCCUGAAGAAGCUCUUCAGAUCACGGAGCAACCUGAUGAAAAGUCUGCCGAGAAUAAAAACCGCUUCAAGCUCAAGCUCAACUUUACCGGCAAAGAUGGCCAGUCGCUGUGGAAGCGUGCAGCAAAGGACGUGAAGAAAACUUCACCAAAAGAUGAGAAAAAAUCACCAGAAGAAAAGAACGCCAAUUUUUUCUCAAACCUUCGCGACAAAAAGGUUUCCAUAUUUUCAAAGAAGACUGUAAAAGAGACAGAGGUGCCACCGCCACCACCUUCGUCGGCGUUGGGGUCAUUUGAUGAGAGUGACUGGAUGAUUCUAUAGUAGGGAGGGAGCCCUGGAUUUUGUUUUCCUUUUGUACAACUUGGUAGAGAUGUACCCUAAGCUGUAAAUACUGAUCCAAUUCAUUGAACAUGUCACAAUAAGCUUUAAAGGAUAAUUAUUUGGCAAAAUUUACGGUGACCAGUA